AUGCCAGAAACUUAUCUAAAAUUUCAAUCUUCUCCAUCGGGUAGACAUGAAGGUAAAAAGCAUAUAAUUAUAGUGGGUGCAGGUAUUAUGGGUGUUUGUACAGCAUAUUAUCUUGUAACUCAUCCAAAAUUUGAUCCUGAAAAAUACCAUAUUACAAUAAUUGAAUCAAAAAGAGUGGCAUCGGGUGCAUCCGGUAAAGCUGGUGGUUUAUUAGCUUUAUGGGCAUUCCCUGCUCAAAUAGUACCUUUAUCUUUUGAUUUACAUCAAAAAUUAUCUGAUCAAUAUAAUGGAGUCGAAGAAUGGGGUUAUAGAAGAUUGACUACGGUAUCUUUAGAAGGUGAUUUAAGUCAUUUAGAUGAUGAGGAAGAUGAUGAAGAUGAAGAAGAAGAAGAUGAAGCUAGUAGUAGUAAUAAUGAUGGAUCAUCUCAAGUUCCAUCAUCAAGAAAAUCAAAAACAAAAUUACCUCAAGAUUUAAAUUGGAUAACUUCAUCAUUAAUAUCAAAUUGUUCAACUCUUGGUGGUACAGAUACUACUGCUCAAGUUCAUCCAUAUAAAUUUACUACAUUUAUUUUAAAGAAAGCAGUUGAACUAUCUAAAGGUUCUAUUGAAUUCAUUAUUGGGAAAGUUAAUCGUGUACAAUUUUCAUUAGAAACAGGUUCAGCAACAGGAGUUAUUUAUCAACCUUCAUCUCUAAAUAAAUCAGAUUAUUCUCCUGAAUCUCAAACUCUUUCAGGUGAUCAAAUUGUCUUAACGGUUGGUCCUUGGACAUCUAAAAUAUUACCUGAUUGUCCUAUUUCUGGACUUCGUGCUCAUUCAAUUACUGUAUCUCCAUUUAAAGAUCAACUGGUUUCACCAUAUGCUAUAUUUACAGAAUUUAAAACUGGAGCAUAUAGUUAUAUAUCACCUGAAAUUUAUGCUCGUCAAGAUGAAGUUUAUGUAUGUGGAGAAGGUGAUUCAGCUGUUGAUGUUCCAGAAACAACUGAUGAUGUUGAAGUUGUUAAAUCUAAAUGUGAUGAAUUAUUUAGACAAGUUGGAAAGAUUUCUCCUAAUUUAAAACGUGGUCAUAUUUUAAAACGUCAAGCAUGUUAUCUACCUGUUCUUGAUGUUCCAUCUUCUAGUGGUCCAUUAAUUGGAGAAACUAAUGUUACUAAUUUAUUUUUAGCAAGUGGACAUUCAUGUUGGGGGAUCAAUAAUGCUCCUGGUACAGGAAAAAUUAUGAGUGAGUUAUUAUUGGAUGGUAUUGUAGAACUGGCAGAUAUAUCUGCAUUAGAGCCAUUUUUAUAUUUUGAUGCCAGUGUAUUAAUAAGCGACGACGAAGAAGAUUACGAUGACGAUGAUGACGAUGAAGAUGAUGAUAAUCAUGCUGGUGAUGAUGAAGAAGAAGAGGAUGAAGAUUAUUACAGAGAUCCAACAGAAACUAGCUCUGAAACUGCACCACUGGAUGCUGAAUGGUCAAGAGAUGCUUGA